UUUGUAGCAGUCCGGGACGGUACGGAACAAUAUGUUUGACAUCUCUCAGGAACAUGCUAAGGUAGACCGGUUUCUUGAGUUGGCUAUUUUUAAGUUAAAUGAUGUUAUUUCAUGAAAAAAAAUAAUAACAAAACAGAAAACAUGGUAACCCUAGUUCGAACCUAGGUUGCAAAUAUUUAAGUAACCUCAUUAACCAUUUGUUCUACUGAAGAUUCAUUGUUAACUUAAAAGUAGCCAACUCUUCCAAAAAUCGGUCCACCAUGUUACCAAUAUAUUGUCAGUCGCAGAUUAAAAGCCGUUUAGGUAUCGAAUUCAAUUUUUUACUAGAUUAGGUAUAAACUCGCACAGUGAAAUAAUUGGUAUAUAGAUUAGACAAUAUGACCUAGUUCAGACACUUAUCGAACGUUUUUUCCCAUUAUCGCGUAACGAUGACACAAGCAAAGUUUGGUUUCGUUUUUCAACAUGUGCAUAAGCUAAUAGAUUAAUAGGUGGUGGUAUGACUUAUGUGGUAGUGAUUAUUUUAUAUACAAACAAUACAAGGGGUUGGUGUGAUUUAACAUAGGAGAGUACGACGUCUUAUAGACUAUUAACUCAAAUUAAAUCUAACACUGAAAAUUGUUCGUGAAAGUUGUGAAAGUGUUGCUGAAAAAGUUUUUCUUUUCUUUCUAAUCACGUUUUCUCUUAUAAAUCCAAUCAUUUUUUAUUACCGAUGAUUAGUGAUCGAAAAAUAGUAUAAGUGCUGAGAAGUUUCUUGGGCUUCCAUCUAAAACCAAUUGGCAAUUAGUGGAUUGAUCCAAGUCCCUUAUAUAUUAUUCAAAUCCCUUUCAUAUAUCCGAUGUGGGAUCUUCUCUCCAAUACCCUCCCUCGAGAUAAUGGUGUGUAUAACCAUUAAUCUCGCAGAAUCCAUCAUACCCCCUCUGAAAUCAUGCUUUAUUUUCUAGCAAUCUCGGCGGAACUGAGCCUUCUAUAGGCCAUCAGCUAAUGGGAUGAUCGGGCCACUGUCCGGGCCGGAUUAAUGGGUCAGGGUAUCGGGCCCGCUCUGAUACCAUGAUAAGUUUCUUGGGCUUCCAACUUAAAACCAAUUAGCAAUUAGUGGAUUGACCCAAGUCCCUUAUAUAUUACUCAAGUCCCUUUCAUAUAUUCAAUGUGGGAUCUUCUCUCCAAUACCCUCCCUCGAGAUAAUGGUGCGUAUAACCAUUAAUCUCGCAGAAUCCAUCAUACCCCCUCCGAAAUCAUGCUUUAUUUUCUAGCGAUCUCGGCGGAACUGAACCUUCUAUGGUCCAUCAGCUAAUGGGAUGAUCGGGCCACUGUCCGGGCCGGAUUAAUGGGUCAGGGUAUUGGGCCCGCUCUGAUACCAUGAUAAGUUUCUUGGGCUUCCAACUUAAAACCAAUUGGCCAUUAGUGGAUUGAUCCAAGUCCCUUAUAUAUUACUCAAGUCCCUUUCAUAUAUUCAAUGUGGGAUAUUCUCUCCAAUAUGUGCCUUGCUGUGAUAUAUUCUUGUCGUAUUCUUGUCAAACAGUAUAAAAGGAGAUUUUUUUUUUUGUUUGAAUAAAAUUUAUAUUUUUAUAAUAUUUUUUGAAAGUUGAUUUUUUUAUAUGUCCUACUCACAUAUAUUUAUAAAUAUAAUAAAAGGAUGAAUCAAACUAUAUGAACUUAAAACUAAUCAAAUUAGAAUGAUAAUAAAUUGAUUCAAUUAGAAAGAAUAGAGGGAACGUAAUUUCUAAACCUGCGCCUUUGAUCUCAAGAAAACAAUUCUCGUACGUUGCCAAAUGCAAUGAAUGAUAAACAUCGACAAAAGCAGUCAACAAAGUUAAAACUAUGGGAAAGGCCUUUGCCACCACAUGGCCCACACCACAACAUUUCACUAUUUAAACCAAACCUCUUGGCGUCCAACUUCGCCAUCGUUUCCAUUUACGAUCAUGGAAGUCAAGAAAGACCAGCACACAUCUCCACCGUCCGAGACGAUCCCUAUCGUUGAUCUAAGCAACCCUGACGAAGAGCUAGUGUCCCGUGCGGUGGUGAAGGCGAGCCAAGAGUGGGGGAUAUUUCACGUGGUGAAUCAUGGGAUCUCGAUGGAUCUGAUACGGAGGUUGAAGGAGGUUGGUACACAGUUCUUCGAGCUACCGGAGACGGAGAAGAAAGCCGUAGCGAAACCAGAUGAUUCCCAAGACUUCGAAGGCUACACGAGGAAUCUCAAGUAUACAGAAGGAGAGGUUUGGGCAGAUAAUCUUUUCCACAGAAUCUUGCCACAGUCAUGUAUAAACUACAAAUACUGGCCGAGAAACCCUCCGCAGUACAGGGAGGUGACUGAAGAGUACACAAAGGAGACCAAGAAGCUAUCGGAGAGGCUUUUGGGUUUUUUAUCAGAAGGAUUAGGGCUACGGCAUGAGGCGUUAAAGGAAGGUCUCGGUGGCGAAAAGUCGGAGUAUGUACUGAGAAUCAACAACUUCCCGCCUAAUCCACAACCGGAUGCGACCUUGGGACUGCCGGAGCACACUGACAUCGUCGCACUCGCACUCAUCGUCACCAAUGAAGUUCCAGGUCUUCAGGUUUUCCAUGAAGACCACUGGUUUGAUAUCCAGUACGUUCCCUCUUCCAUAACAGUCACCAUCGGUGAUCAGAUACUGAGGCUGAGCAACGGGAAGUACAAGAAUGUGUUGCAUAGAGUAACGGUGGAUAAAGAAAAGCAGAGGAUGUCGUGGCCGGUUUUUGUCGAUGCUAAUCCUGAUGUCGUUAUCCGUCCAUUGCCGGAGCUGAUUACCGGCGAUAAUCCUUCUAUGUUCAAGCCUAUUGUCUGCAAGGACUUUAAAUACCGUAGGCUUUUCAAGCUUCCGGUCGAUUGAUCCAAAUGAUAAUCAGUUUAUUUUUCUUUGUUUCUCCUUUCUACAAAUCAAAAUCCCCAGUCCUAUUUUACCAAAAAAACAAUCCCCAGUCCUGUGUGUGUGUUAUGCUACGUAUUGUAAAAAUUAUCUUCUACGUAAGUUUAGUUAUGCAAAAGGACCAAAUAAUUUACUACAUUUUGAAGUUUAUAUAAUUAACAAGAAGAGCCUUUAUCAAUGGUUUUAAAGAUUUAUUAUUCUUUAUCGUAAUCGAAUAUGGGGUUUGUCGACCAAACAUUGAUAAGUCCUUAAAGAUGUAUUAGAUUUUGAUCCGCGCUUGGAAAGCGCAUGUUUGUUUUCAAAAUUAAAUAUAGUUUUCUAAAAUGAAUUGCUACAUAAUAUAUAUAGUGUAUAGGUUUGUGUACAUUUAUCCGAAACCACGAACUAAACUGUAGCAAACUGGAAAAAAGAUGAAACCUAAACUAAACUGAAUUUCAUAAAUAAUCGAGCAAAUCUUAUAUUUCAUGUACCAAAAAACUGAAAUCAAUCGUGAAACAUUUAAAUGGUACCAAAUACGAAUAAAACAUUUUAUUUUGAAAAUUAUU